AUGGUGACAAAGUUCUACCAGCAUAUUUUAUCCUUGGUUUUUGCUGUGAAGGAAAUAAAUGAGAAUCCUAAUAUUUUAUGGAACAUCACGCUUGGGUUCCACAUCUAUGACAGCUACAAUAAUCUCCAGAUGACCUAUAGUAUCAUCAUAGAUCUUCUUUUCAAAUCCAAGAAUUUUGCCUUCAACUAUCAAUGUGAUAGACACAAAAAACUAAUUGCCAUCAUUGGAGCACUUGCCUCUGAUACCUCAUACCAUGUGGCACAAAUGUCAAGCCUCUAUAAGAUACCACAGCUCACUUAUGGUUCCUUUGAUCAAGCCCAGAAUGAAAACAUGGAUUUCCCUUCUCUUUAUCAUGUGGCGGCAAAAGAAGCCCAUCAAUGCGAGGGAAUUAUUCGCUUGCUUAAGCAUUUUGGAUGGACAUGGGUUGGACUCUUUGCGGUGGAUGACGAAAGUGGAGAAAAUUUCUUGACAACCCUAGAGCAACUGUUUUCCCAGAAUGGAAUCUGUUCAGACUUCACAGAACAAAUUCCAAGGCAGCACCAUUUUGAAAAGGGCGUAAAUAGUAUAGCCCAGCAUAUGAAACGACUUAUACAUCAUAGAAAGUGCAAAAUAUUUAUCAUCUAUGGUGAUACUUUUACUGCUAUGUAUAUGUGGUUUUUUAUGCAUCUGAUUGCACAUCAGCAUAGGGAAACUAGUUUUUAUGUGAAGGUGUGGAUUAUAACAACCCAGAUUGAUUUAGCGUUGUCGAGCCUUCAACGCAACUCAGAUGUGCAAAUGUUCCAUGGUACUAUUUCCUUCACAAUUCACUCCAAUGAACCUAUAGGAUUCCAUGAAUUUCUUCAGACCAUAAAACCUUCCUGGACACAAGCAGACGAUUUUCUCAAAAAAUUCUGGGAAGAAGCAUUUGACUGUUCAGUUGUAAAUCUAAGAGUGCCAUACAAAGUGUCUGGAACAUGCACUGGGGAGGAACGGCUGGAAAGCCUCAUUGGACCUCUUUUUGAAAUGCGCAUGACUGGCCAUAGCUAUGGUAUUUAUAAUGCUGUCUAUGCUGUGGCACAUGCUUUACAUGCAUUGUACUCAUCUAGAUCAAAUCGUGGAGCUAGGUUGGUUGGCAAGAAGCUUCAAGAUCUUCAAGCCUGGCAGCUCCACCCAUUUCUACAGAGCAUUUCAUUCAACAACACUGCUGGAGAAAGAAUAUCUUUUAAUAAUAACAGGGAAAUAGGAGGUGGAUUCGAUAUAAUGAACAUGGUUAUAUUUCCUAACAGGUCCUUUCUUAAGGUCAAAGUUGGAUGGGCUGACCCCAAUGGUCUUGAAGGAAAAGUAUUUAACAUCAAUGAGGAUAUGAUCACUUGGCAUAGGAGCUUUAAUCAGAUCCCACCUCUUUCUGUCUGUAGUAAGUCAUGUCAUCCUGGUUAUUAUAAAAGAAAGAAAGAAGGGGAGAAAUUCUGCUGCUAUGAUUGUAUUCUGUGUCCAGGAGGGAAAUUUUCCAAUGAAAGUGACAUGGACGAUUGUUUCCAAUGCCAAGAAGAUCAGUAUCCAAGCAAAGACCGAAAUAGAUGCAUUCCUAAAAUGAUAAAUUUUCUGUCCUAUGAAGAACCUUUAGGGAUCAGUUUAGCAUCAGUUGCUGUUUCUUUUGCUCUGAUCACAAUUUUUGUACUUGGAAUAUCCCUUAGUCACAAAGAUACUCCGGUAAUCAAAGCCAACAACCGUGGCCUCACUUACAUUCUCCUCAUCUCCCUUCUGCUCAGCUUCCUGUGUUCUUUUCUAUUUCUAGGAAAACCUGGGAAAGUGACCUGCCUCAUUCAGCAAUCGACUUUUGGCAUUGUCUUCACAGUAGCUAUUUCUUGUGUCUUGGCUAAAACCAUCACUGUGGUUCUAGCUUUCAUAGCUAUUAAGCCAGGGUCCAGGAUGAGAAAGUGGCUGAGGAACAGAUUGGCCCACUCUGUUGUCCUUACUUGCUCUGUCAUUCAAAUAGGCAUUUGUACUAUAUGGUUGUCAAUGUCUCAUCCGACCCCAGAUUUAGAUAUGAAGUCAGUGACUGGAGAGAUCAUAGCAGAAUGUAAUCAAGGGUCUGUCACUAUGUUUUAUCUUGCCUUGGGGUACAUGGGUUUCCUAGCCCUCAUCAGCUUCUGUGUGGCUUUCCUAGCUAGGAAUUUGCCAGACACAUUUAAUGAAGCCAAAUUUAUCACCUUUAGCAUGUUGAUGUUUUGCUGUGUUUGGUUGGCUUAUAUCCCAAUCUACCUGAGUAGUAAAGGAAAAUAUAUGGUGGCUGUUGAGAUUUUCUCUAUCCUAGCUUCCAGUGCUGGGCUGCUUAGUUGCAUCUUUUUCCCCAAAUGCUACAUUGUUCUGUUGAAGCCAGAACUAAACAGUAGAGAACACUUAAUAAAGAAAAAUAGAAUCACAGAUUCUUAA